ACGUUUCUACUUCUGUAUUUCUGCAUAUAAGAAAAAGAAAAAGAAUAAUGAAAAUGAACAGGAAGAGUAAAGUGAAAAAUGGUCUUACGAGAAGUCAUGGAAGAAGAGAUAGUUGAACUCAAUGCCAAAGAAGAAGUAAAAUCUGUUAUGGAAGAAGCAAUUAGUGAACUCACUAUCAAAGAUGAAGAAACAGAAAUAGUAAGAGAAUUAAGGGACCUUCCACUAGCUAAUUACCUGUUGAAGAUCGAAAAUUUCUCCCAACUUGCUAAUGCAAAUGUAGAAAACUAUCGACCAAGUGUUUUCAAAGUUGGCGGAUACAUAUGGAGACUUUCUCUUUAUCCUAAAGGAAACAAGAAAAUAUCUGAAGAGAAAUACAUAUCUGUAUAUUUUGAACUAUGGAGUCCAAAUGCAUAACCUUUACAUAAGGAGGUUAAUAUAUGCUUCAACUUGUUUGUUUCUUUAUAAUCAAAUCCAGUAUAAGUAUUUGGCUGUUCGAGGUACUGGAUUACUAGUUCAGUUUUUAUAUAUAGUUUUUUGUGAUUCAACUGUUUGUGUGAAUCAAUUUGCUGAAUUUUCUUUA